AAAUUGCCCUAAAACAAGAAAAGAAGGGUAAUUGUGAAAACAUGAAUUGUGUUGACGGUGUCGUUUUGGAGUAGCAUAAGAGAAGCGCAGUCCCUCCCAAAUCCCAACACGCACACCUUCUUCUUCCGUUGCCCUCUGCGUCGUCUCCUUCCGUUUCUCUCUCCCUCCAAAACCCUUUUAACUCAGAACAUAGCCAUGGCUACUUUAGCAGCGGCUGCAGCUCGUCAAGCCGCAACUCUCACUCGCAUCUCUACUCCAAGAACCCCAUUUCAAGCCGCUAACCUAGUUCAGAAGCGAGGUCUAGCCGGUGCUGCAGAUCACCAUGGCCCCGCAAGGGUUAACGUCUGGGAAGACCCAAUGAGCCCUAGUAAAUGGAAGGAAGAACAUUUCGUUAUUGUCUCAUUAUCUGGUUGGGGCCUGCUCAUCUUCGGAGGUUACAAAUUGUUUUCAGGAGGUAAAGACAAGAAGGAAGAGAAAGUGGUGGAAGCAACAAACUAAGUUCUUUAAGCUUCGAUGUUCAGGAAUUCUUGAUAAUAAUGUUUUGCUUGGACCAGGUCCUGGGAGAUAAUUUUCUUAUUGGCAAAAGCAACUUUGAUAGUUAGUUGAUGUUGAAUUUGUUAAGACAAAAAGGUCAAUUUGUUUUUAUCGGGAGAGUCUCUUCAUUUGCUUGUUCUAUAGUUGCUUUUACGCUGGGUGCAUUAACCUUUUAUGAUAUUCAAUAAGGAUUAAGUUUGUCAUUGAAAAGAAAAA